CUGAAGAGAUGAAGGAAACUUAAUAAGACUUGGGAACUGAAACCAAACUCUUCCCCCCUCUCUCUGUUACAUUCUGUUUUAUCUUCAUCUCCUUUCUUUGCUCCUCUGCUCUUUUUACCCAUAUCACGAUCUCUCCCUCUACCCGCUCUCUUCUAUCUCUUCACGGCCGCGCUGAAUACCCAUUUCCCAUGCUGUUGUUCCAGUUUCUGGCACCUCUGUGUUCUAUCUCCAUCUCCUAGUUCUCCGGUGGUUAUUUUAUCCUUUGAAGGCAUGUCGUGAUACCCUUUCCUCUGCCACUGCCGCUGUAUCGGUUGGAUCUCUUUCACAAAACCUCUUGGAUGAAAGAAGCAAAAAUGACUUUCAUCUCAUCUCCAUCACUCAGCUCCUUCCCCUAUUCAAUCCUGGAUGCUGACAACGAGAUGAUUGAGUACACAAACUCUCUUAGAAACGUAAUCUUAGAGGCUAACACUGGAAUUCAUCAAGUGUUUAAGAAUAAACUAAGACCCAAAUUAUUGAUUCCUCAUAACCACACAUCGUGCAGUUCUUGGAUAGUAUUUACGUGGAAAAUGUUAUUGAUGAUUUGGUUAUGAAAAAAACUAUUGGGGGUUCUUGGAGAGUUGGCAGAUACACUGGGAACUAAUGCAGGAACUAUGAUACAACAUUAUGUUCCUAGUUGAGGUUUUUUAAAUGAAUGUUUGUCUUCAGAAGGCGGUUUGAUUAGGACCCUAUUGAUCCGCUCUCUAUUUAUGCUUCGGGA